AUGGAGUCGAUGCCCACCGAGAUUCUUGGGCAAAUCUGCAGUCUCCUGUGCUUCCACUGCCAGCACCCGGGCGUCUUCCCCAACGCCGACGCGCACGUCGUUUGUCUCGCCAAAGGCGCCCUCGCGCGCCUCUGCCGCACGUCCAGGCGCCUCUGCGCCAUCGGCCAGCCCAUCCUCCAUCACUACUAUGCCACCGGGAACCUGCCCACCGAGGCCGGCUUCGGGCUGCAGCACACCGUGGGGGGGCUGUCCGACGACGACAAGCUCCCCCUGUUCCUGCGAACCCUGCUGCAGCGUCCGGACCUGGCCACGCACAUCAGGGCGCUGCAGCUCGUCGAGUGCCAGGUGUUGAAGGGCUAUAGCGACGAGCUCUCGCGCGCACUCGGCCUCAAGAUGCGGCAGCUCGACAUCAUGCCCCCCGAGAGAGGCGCCUCGCUGAGGCUGCGCCCCUGCGACCUGUUUGCCCCCGAGGUCGACCGCAUCGCCUCUCUCCGACGCCACGGCUGGCUCGAGCAGCUCGCCGUGGCGCUCUCCCCGGGCCUCGAGAUGCUCCUCGUGGCGCAGACCAACGGCUCGCGCUUCUUCUGGCACGCAAAGGACCACGUCAUGCCGCGGCUGCGCGCUCUCGCCAUCCGCGGCUACUCGGGCCAGUACUACUUCUCCGGCGCGACGUCGCUCAUCACGGCGGCCCCCUACCUCGAGACGCUGUAUCUGCUGGACUGCUCCCACUACACCGGCUGGAGCGAGGUGUUUGACGCGUCGCUGCAGUCGGUCCUGGCCAACCUGCGGCGCCUCGUCAUCAGCGACUUGCGCGCCCAGCACCUGGAGCAGAUACUGGGCAGCUGCUCCCAGCUUCGGGACCUCGAGUACUACCAGCGGACAGCGACCAGCAUCUGGAACGUCAGCCAGGUGGUGCAGUCCCUCAUGCCCGUCAAGAAUACGCUCCGCCGGCUGUAUUUUGCCUGUCUCCCCACGGCGAGCACCACCAUUGAGCCGCGCGGCCAUUUCUUCGGCCUCGGCGAGGCGUACCAACGAUCUCGAGGCUCCGCGGAAGACUACGUCGAGGACACCUUGACCGUAUCCGCCGACACGAGCGCCAUUGAGCAGCUCCGCGAGUUUGCGCAGCUCGAGGAGCUCGGAAUCGACCAGGCCUCCAUCUACAACCCCCUGAGCAUAGACCCCGAGACGAACCCGGGGCGUCUCGCUCGUCUGCUGCCGCCGCGUGUCCGGAGGCUCCGCGUCAUGUACGUGUACCGAGGCAUGGCGGGCGACCUGUGCCGCCUGGGUCGCGAGGCGGCCGAGAGGCUGCCGGAGCUCAGGCACGUGAGGCUUGGCGAGGCCAUCUCUGUGAUGCCGAGAAGACAAGCAGGCAUCCUCCAGAUGUACCAGCUGGGAAACAUCAGGACGCCCAGUGGCCGCACUAUACCGGUGAGCUGGACCACCGACAGGCCCGGGGCUGAUGCGCGUACGCGGAUCCCGGGCGGCACGGUGCACCCGCAGUUUAUUCCAUGCCCGGUGGACUAG